CAACCUGCAAAUAGUUGCUUGGAAUAUUAAGGGUGCAAAUCCAAUUUAAAACCACCAUCACCAACUGGAUAAUUGUAGGCCUAUAUCUCUGGUAAAUAUGUAAUCGGAUAUAUAAAAUUGUUCACACUACACAAUUGACGAUUGUAGCCUAUAGUAGACUUUGCAUUGAUCCAUCCAUGCCACAUUCAUGUAUGUGAUUGGCGCCUUAAACGAGGAGCGACUGAAUGAACAAAGAGACGUGAGGAGGGCAGACCAGACGACAAAACGCGCCUUCUGCGGAGAGAGAAUGGCUCCACCCCCGAGUUUGUUGCCACUUUCGAUUGGAUCAAGACCCAACCGACAUUGUGACCAAUGAAAGCCGUUUACCGUCAGCUAGCCUAUAAAGUCUGUACUCCGACAGAUACAACUCACUACUCGUUUUAACAGAAAUAUCACGAAGAUGAGCGGAAGAGGCAAAACCGGAGGCAAAGCCAGGGCUAAGGCCAAGACCAGAUCAUCCCGCGCCGGGCUCCAGUUCCCCGUGGGUCGUGUUCACAGGCUUCUCCGCAAGGGCAACUAUGCACAGCGUGUGGGAGCGGGCGCACCCGUCUACCUGGCAGCCGUGCUCGAGUACCUUACUGCUGAGAUCCUGGAGCUGGCCGGCAACGCUGCUCGUGACAACAAGAAGACUCGUAUCAUCCCCCGUCACCUGCAGCUGGCCGUCCGCAACGACGAGGAGCUCAACAAACUUCUCGGUGGCGUUACGAUCGCUCAAGGUGGAGUGUUGCCCAACAUCCAGGCGGUGCUUCUCCCCAAGAAGACCGAGAAGGCCGUCAAAGCCAAGUAAAGACUAAACCUCAGUCUCAAUUUACCCAAAGGCUCUUUUAAGAGCCACCCACUACACUCUUCAAAAGCGCAUUGUCUUACAACUCUUUGUCUUGUGUCAAAGUUAUUGUAUUCUUUAAAUGCAAAGCACAAUAAAUAUUGAAACAAAUAUAUCGCCACUCUGGCACCACUUAAGUUCCACCGCUUAACCUAAAUC